CCAAACCAAGACACCACAAACCAGAAUAAGAAGAAAAAAUCAAAACACUACCUUAAAAACAGAUCGUGUCUACCUAUCAGAAACAAGAUGACCAAGAAAAUCAGAACCCAAGAAGGAAGAAAAACUAGACUGUAACCCUAUUAAAAAAAAAAAAAAAAAAAAGCAACCAACCCUCCCUGUACCACAUAGCUGACUGAAGGAAAAAAUGGCCAGUGAUAAGAUGCAAGGGAAUAGCUGUUUUCCAUAGUUACUCCCACCUCCCCUUGUCACACCAAAAAGUUGUCCCCAGAACGAGUCUCUCCUCAGCACAGCAGAUUAUUAAUUAUAUUAACUGUGACUGACACUAGUUGGCCUUUUCCUCAUUCUUUCAGUCUGCAGUAAUCAUUUCAGCAAUGUCCCGAAGACCCUUGAAGCUGCUUGCCACACUUCUGUCACUUAACACCUUUCUGUCAUCUUAACAGUAAAAGUGAAGGGAACUCCAAAGUAACUGUCUGGUUUUUGGGGCUACAUCCAUUCUCCAAAAGGUGUUCACAGUGAAUACAGCCACAACAUGGAGAAAUGCAGCAAGAUCAAUCUCAUACACCCUACAGGAGUGAGAAAGAAAGCUAAUGAAAUAUGGAAAAAAAUCAGGUAUGAUCCCUCUAGAUCUCCCAGGAGGCUUUCAUUCCCUCUUCCAAAGUUAUCAGCUUUUGGGAUGCCACAUUGAUAGUAAUCGAGAAAACACCCCAAUAUGUUUUUAUUUAAACAUUCAGUGUUCCACUAUGCCUGAUGAGGAUUCAUCAGCUAUUGCAGGUGCCUGCAUUAGUACCACUCCUGCUGGUACCCUGCCUGUGGUACUUUCCUGGCUUUAUCCUAGCAUCAUUAGUGCUAACCCAAGAGUAGGCAAAAUUAAACAGCUCAAACCAGUCUUUAUCUACAUGCUCAGGGUGGAACAAAAAGCAAAAGCCCGUGGUUACAGAAGAAUCACUUUGCUUGGAGCAGGAUGGUGAGAAAGCAAACUGUGACAAGGUCCCGAAGUCUUCUGAUGGUAAAUCACCCCCUCCUGCUGGGAUGACAGGUUUUCUUCCACCAGUCUUUCACGCAGUCACUGUAUGACUCUCCACAGGCCUGGCUAGGGCUGAGGAACAGGAUUCCUCCCCCAGAAGCAAAUGAAGAACAAAGAGAUAAAAGACUCUUUUAACCACGUGCACUCCGUGAUUGACCGGCUAGGCCACUGUCACACGGCAAACGAUCAGGAGGAGCUGAAACCACCGUGGGACGGCAAGGAGCUCCGGGUGGCCGUAGGGGCCUGCCUGCAGCCGGGGGGGCCCUGCGGGGCCGAGGCUCCUGCCGCCCUUGCUGCGGUGGGAGGCGAGGGACAGUGUGGGUGUGAGGCUGAGCACAGCCGGCAGCGCUCAAAGCAGGGACGAUUGGCCGCUACCUGAUAAAGCACAGCAAAGCAGAAAAGCCGGAAUAAGGGUGAAACCCUAAAACCCAAGAGAGAACAGCAGCUUUGUGCCUUUGAGCGCCUGAAACGCGUUUCCCGAAGCUGAAGCCCAGCACUGCGCUGGAAGGGUCACCGCCACCGUACCGCCACCGCACCGCCACGGCCGCCCGGUGCCGCCCCGCUGUGGGCGCGGCGCUCCCGCCCGCCGCGGCCGCACUUCCGCCAUGGCGGCGGGGCGGGGCUGCGCUGGCAUGGCGGCGCCGGCGGCGCUUCGGCGGUGGUGGAUGUUGGUGCUGGGCGGCCGGACGAGCCGGUGCUCCGCUUCGCCGUGCCCAGGCCGAGUGAUCCCGAGGCCCCCGGCCGGGCCUGCCCGCCCAGCUGGCUCCCUGCUGCGCUGGGCGUCGUCCUUCUCCGAGCCGGGCCCGACGGAGAGCGGCCCCAGCGAAGGACAGAUCUUCCUCAGCGAGAGCUGCGUGAAGAGGCUGCUGGAGAUUGCACAAGGAUCAGAGUUUCUCAGGCUGCAGGUGGAAGGAGGUGGCUGCUCUGGCUUCCAGUACAAGUUUUCCUUGGACACAGUUAUCAAUCCUGAUGACAGGGUGUUUGAACAAGGUGGUGCCCGUGUGGUUGUGGAUGUGGACAGCCUGGCCUUUGUGAAAGGAUCCAUGGUGGAUUUCAGCCAAGAGCUGAUCCGAAGCUCCUUCCAGGUGGUGAGCAACCCCCAGGCAGAGAAGGGUUGCUCAUGUGGAACUUCCUUCUCUGUCAAAUUCUGACCGGACUUACCAUGGAUGGACACUGUUUGCAGACACUUUUGUCAGUCUCCAGAGGGUUUAUAUUUGUUCUUUUCCCUGCUGCUCCCUCUCAUCUCCCUUACCCUGUGACACAGCUGUUACACAGUACUGCAGCUGUGUGUAUGUUUGCACUGAGCCUGUCUCCAAGACUUAAUGGCCUUCCCUUCAGAAACGAUGAAGUAACCACGAGCAUGCACACAGGAGCAUCUUCGGUGUCUUGUGAACCACUGGCCAGGUGGUGCUGACUGGUCUGCCCUAUCCUGAUUGUGGAACUACUUAACUGUCUCUGCAAGAGAAGGCUGUAUAUAUAUGUGUGUGUGGUUAUUGAAAGGUCUUACUAAAAAAAGUCUAUGAGGUUGA